UGCUAGGUAAACAAACAGCAGCGUAGAGGAGAGAGCAGUCGAGGGCAGUUUGCUGUCCCGGCUUUUAUAUGAUUUAUAUUAUUUUGUAAAGCUUUCAUAUAGAACUUGCGUGUAUCCCUCGUUGAUUUAAUUGACAUCCUUUUGCAUGUUGUGUAUCAACGAAACACGACAGCUACCGUCCAGCGAAAGCUAGCUGAAGAACACGGGAUUUCCUUUCUUUUUUCCCUUGACGGUUGUUUUUUUCCGCUUCCACCCGAAUAUUUUUGGUUACUUGAGUGUAAAAAACAACUGAUGCACUGCUUAAGUUGUGUGUCAAAGCGACUCGUCGUGUUUGCUGCUAAGGAUAAGAGCCGAGGGAAGCGUAGCUAACGUUCACCGCCGCCAGCCUCCGGACAGAAUGACUGCUGUUCAGCUCAUAAAUAUCCAGCUCAUAUUGGAAGCGGCGGAAUAUCUCGAAAGGAGAGACAGAGAGUGUGAACAUGGUUAUGCUUCAACAUUUCCAUCAAAUCAAAGCCCAAACUACCAGAGGCAAAAAAAAUUCCGGAGUAAGAAAUUCACCAGUAACCACAAUAGGUCCACACAUAAUGAAUUGGAGAAGAAUAGGCGAGCUCACCUGCGGCUGUGUCUGGAGCGGUUGAAGGCGCUGAUACCGCUGGGACCGGACUGCAACCGCCACACCACACUGGGCCUCCUCAACAAAGCCAAAGCACAUAUAAAGAAACUUGAAGAGGCGGACAGGAAGAGCCAGUACCAGCUGGAGUCUCUGGAGCGCGAGCAGAGGCACCUCCAACGCCAACUGGAGCUGCUCAGGGGAGGCAGUGGAGCUGCCAUCCAGAGCUGCCCAGGGGAGGGCGAGCGGAUACGCAUGGACAGUGUGGGAUCCACCCUCUGCUCCGACCGCUCCGACUCCGACCAAGAGGAGAUCGAGGUGGACGUGGAAAGCACAGAGUUCUCCCAUGGAGAGCUGGACAGUGUGAGCACGGCCAGCACCAGCGACCUGGACGACCACAGCAGCCUGCAGAGCAUGGCCAGCGACGAGGGUUACUCCUCCUGCAGUGUCAAACUUGCCUUCUCCUCCUAAUGCCCCGCAGCUCCUCCACCUCCCAGGCCAAACCGUCAUCUGAGUUCAUCCAGGAUGACACACACUCCAGCAGCAGUGCUCCGUCUCCCCGCCUUCGCCCUUGCGUGUCUCCUCCUCGCCCUGAUGGAGGCGCUACUGUGGGGUCUGCCUCAGCACCCACACCCCCCGAUAUUUCGCUAUCAAUUUUAAAAUCCUUUCAGUCCGGCCAAAUUCUCAAGAAGUUUUUAAAGACCCCCGAUUGAUCUAAAAUGCACUUAAAUUCACUGUGACCCGCGCGGGUGUGUGGGAGGGUCCUGAGCUGACCCCAGGUUUAGGGCCCGGAUGAGCAGAAGCACAUCAACUCUGAGCGUCCUCUCCUAAGUCGUUGUCUUAUUUUCUCCUCCUCUCGACGCCUCAGAAAGUGGGACACUCACUUUGGUGCUAUUGUGACAAAAAAAAAAAAAAAACGGCGAGGAAGCAGAUCUGAUCCGCCCAUCAGACGAUGGCACAAGGGAAAACCACCAGAGGCGGAAACAAACAUUCCUGUUGAAGGUGGCUGUGUUUCUUUUAAAGAGCGAUGUUGUCAAGUUUUUCGUUCCCCUUCAAGCAGCUACUACAAGCACUUGUCUACUUUACAGCUCUUUGGAAAAAAGAAAAAAAAAACAGCCCAAAGUCGACAGCAAAAACGUCCAAGCAUCCAGAAACUUUGAAAAAUGACCACGACCUCUCCAGCAGUAACAAGCAAUAACUCUUUCUGUCUCAGUGGUUUGACUCCAUUUUUUUCUAACCCCCACUUUAAAAUUGAGUGUGACCGUCCAAAACGAUAAAGGAUCUUGUUUUCUUUUGUAAAUACCAAUAGCUUAAAAAUGACUAAUUCUGAAAAAAAGAAAAAAAAGAAAAGGGUAGAGCUCUGGAUUAGAAUUCUUGCCUCUGUUGCUGUUUAAUCUGUGUUAUUGUGAAUUUUCGGGGGGACAGAAUGAAUCCUCUUUUGUGCAGCAGUGGUUGUGGCAUGAACACUAUGACUUUGUGCGGUUCGCAGGCUCAAAAUUCACGUUGCCGCUCGGAGGCGGAGAAGACGAAAACACUCUUUCUAUUUAUUAGAUGUGAUCUUUUUCUCUCGUUUAAGUGAAAGGGAGUUCAGGGGUGGAGGAAAAGUCUGAGGCGGGGAACAGAAACGGGUCGUAUGAUGUCAAUGUUCAGCAUCCAGUCUCCCACAGGCAUUAAGAAUUGCACUUCAACCACUUGUCCUCCUCAUCCAUCCUGACGCGUGCGUGUUUGUGUGAAAGAAGAAGAAGAACUAACAUCCAUAUUUAUUCCUUUUAAGUCACAACAAAGGGGGGAAGCUAACUUAUUUUUGUCUUAUUUGAAUUCAUGUCGAUCCUCAUUCCUUAUCUAAGCAUUGUGUUGUCUCCUUUUUGUUUGUUUUGGGGAGGGUAAAAGAUGUAGCCUUUUUUGGUCCCCCGCCCCCUCCAUUUUAAUGUUAUAUUUUAUGGACACUUGAAAUGUAAAUGGGCCCCUAAGCUGCUCCUAGUGCUGAGCCUCGUCUGUUUUGAGUCACGGGCCUAGUCAGGGGUCGACCCCGCAACCUUCACAUGACAGAAGCUGCUUCCACGCGUCUUGUUUUUUUAUUUGAAAGCUACCUGCGACCAUUCGAGUGUGUAGUUACCGAUGGAAAUAGGAAGUUAGGGACCAGCAGGGUCUGAGAUGGACGGGCUCAAGAGAGCUUGUUUUGUCUCUCUCAUCUGAAUGUAACAAAGGUUCGCUUUGAAAUACAAAGCUGACGCCGCGUGGACUCUGCUUCUCCGACUGGAUUAGACCGGUUAGACCAUAUCUGGUCUUCCAUCGACUUAUCCAAGGGGGUCUUCACCUGCUCCAGGCCUUUGAUCAGUCAAGACUUAACUGAUGAAUAAUGAGCCGGCUGCUACAAAAAAAAGGGGGUCUAAAAAUGCUCCUAUGUCCUCUUUUAGGAGGACCGUAGUCUUUAUAGACUUGUGUUUUAGUUGACAAAAAUGUGUCUUACCGAUAAAUGAAACCCCUCCACGUGAGGCGCGAACAAAUCCUGUGGUUUGUGCGGCAGCGUUCCCACUCUGGUGCUUGACUUUGGAACACAAGAAAAGCCAAACCAUCCAACAGCUCUGGGGGGGGGGGACAGUUUACAUUAUCCUGCCCUCCUUUCUAGAUUUUGUCCAUCGUCCUGUUUGUGUGUGAUGAUUUAGAAAUUCACUCCCAUGGGAGAACAGAACAAUUCAGGGUAACUGUAAUCUCCUCCCCCCCGCGGACAGAUAUUAGACGCGGCAGACUCAUCCAAAAGAUAUUCGGCUUCUCUGCUGGUGAAGAUCUGAGCAGUGUUGGAUGCUGGUGUGAAGUAGCUCGGCCUCUUGUGAGUUAUAUGCUGCGACACUUCUAUAUUUUCAUAAGCUGAUAAUCACUACUUUUACCUCUGUGUUUACGUUUCAGACGAACAUUGGGUGAGUGUUUGGUUCAGAUGUUCAGGAAAGUCAAAAGUUGCAUUGUUUAUUCUGUCAACCACACUCCGGUCUGGUGCGAGUCGAGACAAAACGGGUCCUAGAGGUGAAGUGAACGUACCAAACAAGCAGUCUUGUUACCCCCGAACCUGUGGCCAUCCUUUGUAAAACAUGCACUCUGACCAAGACUCUAGAUGUGUAAGAUGAAGAUGCAAUACAAUAAAAACACAAAGAUUUUCAAACCUCAUGGACUGACUGUUGUUUGUCGCUGUCAGCCAGACUAGCCUUCUUGUUUAGUGUUUGAAACUCUGUUCCUAUGUCGCCCUACCUGUUGUGAAAGACGGGAUAUCUGAUGCCGACUGUAUCACGCCCUG